UGAGGAUCAGCGAUCAGCAGGGAUGGGGGAAAAAGGGCACAGGCUAGAUGCCGCCAGCCGGAGACAGAUAGCUGCAUGGUAACUGGCAAAAGAGAUUUAAUAUUAAUAUAAAAAUAUACCGACCUCAACUGGACGACUGACUGUUUGAUUUGUUGUGGAAUAAUGGCAUUGAAAGGUAUAAAGGUUCUGGAACUAGCAGGACUGGCACCUGCUCCUCUGUGCGGAGCAAUUUUAGCAGACUUUGGUGCAAAUGUCAUUCGAGUUGACAAGCACAACCAGGCUAUGAGCCUAGAUGCUAUGUCCCAUGGCAAGAGAUCCAUUUCACUCAACUUGAAAAGUCCAACUGGUGUAAAAAUCCUUCGACAAAUGAGCAAGCAGUCCGAUGUCAUAAUUGAACCGUUUCGGAAAGGAGUGAUGGAAAAGUUGGGACUUGGUCCUGAGGUGCUCAUGAAGGACAACAAAAGGUUGAUUUACGCUCGACUGACCGGAUAUGGGCAGACUGGGCCUCUGGCAUUGAAGGCAGGACAUGACAUAAAUUACGCAGCAAUAUCUGGCGUCCUCUCUAUGCUUGGCCGGGAUAACUCUCCACCCACACCACCUGUCAACGUUUUAGCCGAUUUUGCUGGCGGUGGAUUGAUGUGUGCCUUUGGGAUUGUGAUGGCACUCUUAGAGCGAAGUAAGUCAGGAAGAGGCCAAGUGAUUGAUUCCAGCAUGGUCGAGGGGGCUGCUUAUGUCAGUAGCUGGCUCUUCCGCUCUCAGUGGUUGCCGAUUUGGGGGAAAGGCAGAGGCCAAAACUCCUUGGACACAGGAGCUCAUUACUACGACACUUACGAGACGAAAGAUGGGGGCUACAUGGCUGUAGGGUCUCUCGAGCCACAGUUCUAUGAUCAACUGUUGCUUGGACUGGGGUUGACUGAGGAGGAGGCUCCACAGAAUGUUUCUGACGCAAAGUCUGAAGAAAUGCGGCAGUUGCUCAGGGUCAAAUUCUUGAGUAAAACCAGAGCAGAGUGGACUGAAAUUUUUGACCAACUCGACGCUUGUGUAACACCUGUGCUUGAUAUGUCUGAAGCAGCAGACUAUUCACACAACAAAGCGAGAGGCAGCUUUGUGAUUGACAAAUAUGGUUUGCCUGUUCCAAACCCUGCUCCAAUUCUGAGCUUGACGCCUGGGGUGAGUCAAGCUGCCAGCAAGCUAAGACCGGAAAUUGGCCAACACACUCAAGAUGUUUUGUUAGAAUAUGGAUUUUCUGGAGAGGAAAUCAAAGGGUUUGUUGAUGAAGGUGUAGCCAGAAUUUGUGAUAGUGAAAACCAUCCUUCAAAAUUGUAAAGACUGAUCAAGAAUUAUUAUUGGGACCUUUUUACAGUGUUUGCCAUAUUUUUGUAUGAUUGAGGGACGUGUUUAUAAAAUAGUUCUGUUGAAAUUAUAGUUUUGUUAUUUGUUAUGUAUCCAAAAAUAUUUGUAGCGUGAUGAAUAAACGAAAUAAACACAA